UCAGGAGGCAGAAGGCUGCUGUCUCUAUGUCAGGCAAGCAUGAAGUUGGCGGCUGUCACCGUCUGGCUCCUCUGCUUUCAGUUUGAGCCCCUGUGGGGAGCUGACACCUGCUCAUCACGAUUAUGCAAAAAUAUAGAUCGGCCUCAUGUCUCUGACCCGCAGCUGGUGGUGGAUUUUAGUAGCGGAAACUUCAAGCUCACCUUCCACAACCCCAAAAACGUGAGCGAGUUCAGCAUGAUCCUCCUCAAAGGGCACGAAAAGCAGCAGAUCUGCGCGCUCCACGUGAGCAAAGGGCGAGCCAUUCCCGAGAGCAACGUCACCUACUGUGAUGCAGAGCACUCCAACAGCAGCACCACCUUCACUCUCAAAAACCUGGACAGAAAGCACACGGGCAUCUAUACCUGCUGCCUGGAGGUGUUCUUGCCCCCUCCUUACAUAGAGUGCAGGCUGAACGAAACCUAUCUGUACAUCCCAGAUAAGGAAAAGUGCCUCUCUCCAGGACUUGUGUCAGGGAUAGCUAUUGGACUGACAGCAUUUGCCAUGAUCUCCUGUGUCUGCUGUGUGGUAGUCUGCUGCCUGAGGAACAAGAAUCAACAGUGUGACUCCAACUCCCACGAGUACAACAGCGAGUACAUGCCCAUGGCAGCAGUGAACGCCGCCAAGAAGCCAAGAAUCUGAGGUAUAAGCAAUUCCUGGCAUAGAAACCCUGGCAACAGGAGCCUGCAGCUACUGAAACCUGGACAAGAGGAAAUCGGCAUCUUCCCACCCUCCCUGAGCUCUCAGGAUGGGCCUGUGCUCAGCCUCGAGACACAGCUCGAGUCCCAUCCGCAGCUGUUCUGCCCAUGCUCCUUGAUCCACUGACCU